AUUUCAAAAACUCUCGGAGGUUCGUCGAUGGCGACGGCGGGAUCAAGCUACAGUGUCUCAACAGAUCAUCAAGUUCCGUCAUCUCUCGUGAAUCUAGGAAAUGGUGCUGGUGUUUGUAUAAUGAGCAAUGCAUGGAAAGAUGAACAAGAACCUUCACUUAUCAGUUUCAUUUCUGCGUUUCUUAGCGCAAACUCUUUCCGGCUAAACUUUGUCUCAAUACCCCCUGAUCUGAUCUUCAAUUGUGGAGGUGUUUCUAUUGCUUUUGUUUUUGUUACAAAAUGGGAUUGUUCCACUGUUGCUUCCAUCUUCAGCAGAGUAAAGAGGCUGAGAGGGCAAUUUGCGCAACUUUAUGUUGUUGUCACACUUUCAACUAAAGAGCAGAGUGAUUCUUUCAUGCGAUCUUACUUCCAAUAUGAGAUGGAGUUUGGGAAACCUGCGUUUGUACAAGUCACUGAUGCUGAGAUGGGAUUUGAGAAGAUUGUUAAGAUUGCUCACUCUCGUGGAGUAUGCAAGCAACAGAAGGUGGCAUCUAAGCUCAAGGUUGAGUUAUACCAAGCUAUUGGUUCAAUCGAAGCAAUCGCUAAAGCAUCCAAAGAAGACAUUUUAGCAAACACAGAUCUCUCUUCUGAAAAGGCUGAGACACUCACCAGGUUUUUCCAAGAUCCUGAGUUCUACCUCAGUCCCAAAUUCAACUGAUGACUGCAGGCCAGAAACAGUUGUAAGAUCACAAGUCUUUGGCUGCAUGUAAACUCCAUAACGUCUUAAAACUUAUCCAUCUUAUUCUUGGCCGCAACAGUUUAUAAAGCUACCACUCAAAGACUUUUCCUAGUCCUUUGCUAUGGCUACAAUACAUACACCUAUAGGAGCCAGUACCGGGUAAGUAAAAUGACUCAUUUUUU